UUCCUUUUUUCCUUGUUUUAAGUGGGUCUCUUCGGUGGGCUAGGAACCCCGGGUGGGUUCCGUUUUGGGAGGUAUUUGCGCCUGCACGUGAGGUGUUCAAUGGAUUGCGCUUGUGCUUUGCUUUUGUGGGGAGAUAGAGGCAGCCUGGGGUGAAGAGCUAGGAAGCGACUAUUCGGUAGGAUGCAGGCCGUUGCAUUUCUUGGACAAUUAAUGUUCAGUUCCUGGGGCUAGGCCAAUUGUUGAUGUAGGUUCUCGAGAGGAGUUUGUGUUGCCUUACAGGUGCUCGAUGAAUUGCCGUAACGUGGCCUUUGGAUGUUGCGGAGCAGGGCAUGCCGUCGGAUUUCGCCUACGAGGCUUAGCUAGUCCAACUAUUGCUAAUGCGAAAGACCAAACUGAGAGUGAAGUUGCAAUGGGGUACACAAUGACCAAAAUUUGUGACAAGUUCAUUGAGUUCUUCAUGCAUAAGAAACCUGAAACAAAGGACUGGAGAAAAGUGUUGGUGUUUAGAGAGGAGUGGAGAAGAUAUAGAGAACACUUCUACAAGCGUUGUCAAGUGCGCAUAGAUAUGGAGACUGAUUCUUCAAUGAAGCAAAAGUUGGUUGUACUUGCUAGGAAAGUUAAGAAGAUCGAUGAUGAAAUAGAGAAGCACAUGGGACUCUUCACAGAACUCAGGGAGAAUCCUACUGAUAUUAAUGCUGUUGUUGCAAGACGACGAAAGGAUUUUACUGGGGAGUUCUUCCGCCAUCUUAAUUUCCUUUUAAAUGCGUAUAAUGGCCUUGAUGAGCGAGAUGGAGUAGUCAGACUUGGGGCUAAAUGCCUAUCUGCAAUUCGUGCAUAUGAUUGCACAUUGGAACAAUUGGACAUCGAAUAUGCUCAGUCGAAGUUUGAUGAUAUACUGAAUUCUUCUUCGCUGGAUGAUGCCUGUGACAAGAUCAAAAGCUUAGCUAAAGCGAAAGAACUUGAUUCAUCUUUAAUUCUUCUCAUUAACAGAGCUUGGGCUGCUGCAAAAGACUCUAAAACUAUGAAGGAUAAGGUCAAGGACAUAAUGUACCAUAUUUAUACAUCUACAAAGCAAAGCCUCAAGAGCAUCUCACCUCCAGAAAUGAAGCUUCUGAAGUAUCUGCUGAAUAUUGAAGAUCCUGAGAAGAGAUUUGGUGCUCUUGCAACUGCUUUCUCUCCAGGAGAUGAGCGUGAAGCUAAGGAUGAAGAUGCUCUUUACACAACUCCAAAUGAACUCCACAAAUGGAUCAAAAUGAUGCUAGAUUCAUACCAUCUCAAUAAGGAGGAGACAGAUUUUAUGGAUGCCAGAAAGAUGAGCGACCCAGUAAUCAUCCAGAGAUUAGUUUUGCUAAAAGAGACGAUUGAGGAAGAAUACAUGAAGCAGUACAUACAUCCUGAUGAGCAAGAAUCCAUGGACGACGAAGAAUCAGAAGAAUGAGCCUGCAUAUGUAAUCUAUGAUUUUGAAGGAACCCAUCCGGUCAAGAUUCAGAGGACGUAAUUCGUUCUGGUUGCUGAUACUGCUGACGAUCCACAGAAGUAGAUAGCUGAUGCCCUGCUGCUUUUAACGAAAGAUGGAUCAUAAUUUGUAGUAUCAUACUAGUAUGCUAGUGGCAUUAUUUUACAGGUAUCUUCUGUUAAAGUACACAUUUAUUUCUAUUUUCAGGCUUAAUUCUGCCGUGUGAAAUGAAACUGUUCAGUAGAGCGAUAACUGUAAGUGAGGCAAGUGUUAAUUUUUGUUCAUACAUAAAGGUAACAAGGUUCCUUCAUCUUGGUAUAUAUUGCAAUUUGCAAGUCA